AGCCAUGUAAACCUUUUCCGGUGCGCGGUGUCUCCUCAUCGUCACGGACUUGUUUAUGCCUUUGAUUUCCCCGACAGGUCGAGUCUCCUUUAAUUAUCCAACGGAGUCGUUUUAUCAGAUUGGAAACGCUCGUAUCUCGCCGGGACGUUAUCUCCGUCGGAUUUAUCACCCAGACCGCGAGCCGCGAUGGCAGAUCUGUGCGCAGCCUGCCGGGUGAGAGGGGAGGCGAAACCGAUCAUAUCCGCUGUCGUCGCCGCCUCCGUUUCAUAACAUCCGACACGAUGCCAUCCGCGGACCGCGUCUGCAGUUUCUCGGGCGCGGUGAUUUUCCGCUCAUGAGCGCGCGGCAUUUUCACCCUUGGCGUUCGCCCCGCGGGGAAUGAGCACGAUGGUGCGCGUGGUGAGCGUGCUGGGUUUGGUGAUGUUCAGCGUCGCCUUGCUCAUUCUGUCGCUGAUCAGCUACGUGUCCAUAAAGAAAGACUUCGUCUUCACCGCCCCGAAAUACGCGAAUUCGGGAGGUCCACGGAUGUACAUGUUUCACACGGGGUUUAGGUCCCAACUGGCCAUGAAGUUUCUGGACCCAGCGUUCAUGCCCCUGAACAAUGCCCUAAAUGAGAAUCUGCAGGACAAUUCUUCCAAGUGGAGGUUUAACAAGACAGCCUACGCAGAGCAAAGCAGAGAGAUCGCCCAAUACAUCGAUGUGCCCCGCAACUUCAGCCUGACCAAGAGCAGUGUCCGCGUGGGUCAGCUCAUGCACUACGACUACUCCAGCCAUAAGUACGUCUUUUCCAUCGGUGAGAACUUCCGCUCUCUGCUGCCGGACUCCUCCCCCAUUCUCAACAAGCUCUACAACACCUGCGCCGUCGUCGGGAACAGUGGUAUCCUGACAGGCAGCCGGUGUGGCGCCACCAUUGACCAGUAUGACUUUGUCUUCCGCUGCAACUUUGCGCCCACCGAGGUCUUCCGCAAGGAUGUGGGGAGGCGGACCAACCUCACGACCUUUAACCCCAGCAUCCUGGAGAAGUACUACAACAACCUGCUCACCAUCCAGGACAGGAACAACUUCUUCCUCAGCCUGAAGAAACUGGAUGGGGCCAUCCUGUGGAUUCCCGCCUUUUUUUUCCACACGUCUGCCACGGUCACACGCACGCUCGUUGACUUCUUCGUGGAGCACCGGGGACAGCUGAGGGUGCAGCUGGCAUGGCCAGGAAACAUCAUGACAUACAUCAACAGGUACUGGAAGACGAGGCAGCUCUCUCCGAAGCGUCUAAGCACGGGUAUCCUGAUGUUCACGCUGGCCUCCUCUAUGUGCAAACAGGUCCACCUGUACGGCUUCUGGCCCUUCGGUUGGGACCCCAACACGGGCAAGGAACUUCCCUACCACUACUACGACAAGAAAGGCACCAAGUUCACCACCAAGUGGCAGGAGUCUCACCAGCUCCCCACCGAGUUCAAGCUCCUCUUCAGGAUGCACACUGAGGGCGUGCUGAAACUCAGCCUCUCGCAUUGCACCUAGAGGUCAAAGGUCAGGGUCAAAAGGGUGGGAUUUUAGGGUCACUUGAAUUUGCAAAUGACUGUUGAGGCUCUUUCUGCUGUAAGAUUACAGGGAUUUAUUUAUUUUGUUGGCGGGAGGGGGGACCACUGAGGACUGGCGCUGAGGCCAGUGUUGGUAUUACAAAUGAUGAUGCCAGUAUUGAUUAUGUCAACACAGCAAAAACCGCAGCGAUGGUUUGACAUAGACAGGGUCGCAUUAGCUCUCAUAGUGUGCACAUGUGUCUGUUUGGACUUGUAGAACCUCUGCAGGUCAUAAUUCAACACUGGGAUUUUUUGUUUGUUUUUGGGUUUUUUUUGCUGUGAAUGAAAGAAUGUUUUAAUGCUAGCGAUACUUUAAGACUACAGGUAGGGUUCUCAGAAACUAGCAGGCUCCUCUACACUAAUGCAGCAACAGAGAGAGUUUCACAAGCACCACGCCCUACUGCAGCAUUCACUAGGUGUCCUGGCCGUGUGUUUCUCUAGCGGACUCGGACCUGACAACAGUUCAGGGGGAUUUCAUUCCAGGUUCACAUACAAAACUCCUGUCAGGUCAGACGUAGAUGAGCCAAGAGUGCAGAAUUUUUACUUGCAAGUAAAAAGAUUAAAGAUUAUAUAAUUCUUUGUAGAGAAAUGUUUUAAAAUCUAUGAAAAUUCAUGUUUGCUUUUUCUCUGCUUAAAUCAGUAUGUUUGAAAGGCUAAUAUAAUUAAUAUAAAAAAAAACAUGGAUACUAUAAUCAUAACCAUGGUAACUUUAUGUGCUCAUGUAUAGUUAUCUUUUAACAAUUAACAGUAAUUUAUUUAAAAUAUAAACAGUCAAAAACAUAUUAGAGGAAAGUAUUGUAGAAUAACAAUUUUAGCUUUUUGUUGUUGUUAUUUUUGAUAAAGCCCAUUUUAGCUGCAAUCAAACAUAUUAUUUAGAUGAUCAGUAUACGUACAUUUCUUUAUGUAUAGAUGUGCACAAUCAUAUACAAUACAUACACAUGCAUACGCACUGAUUAAUAGAGCUAGUUAACAGAGUAAGUCAUUUCUGUGUAGUUCUCAUUAUUUUGUUUGGGGAUAGGCAUUCUUAAUUAGAUGUUGACUCCAUGUCAAUCAGGGCCUAAUCUAUAAGAGCCAAUCCACGAUCUUAAUCCUGAGAGAGGAGUCAAAUGUAAAAUUUCAGUCAGUUCAUUAAUGAGAUUUAAAAGUUAGGCUUUCUUCUCAUUGUCAUAUGAAGAUGUGUCAUAUGUGAAUGUUAAAAAAUCAUCUGUAAUGUGAUUUGGUGUGUGUGUGUGUGUGUGAGUUAUACAUACAUGAAUGUGUGUAUAUGAAAAGAAGAGUGUGUACAGUAACUAGAAACACAAGUGAAUGUUCUUUGUAAUAGCACUACCAUCAAUACAGCAGUCGGUUAUAGAUCCCUUGCCGUUAUAUUCAACAGACACUACUAUUUAGAUCCCUUAGACCUGAACCGCUAAAACCAGUGGCUGGUAGAUCUGUAGGAGGUCGUGGUCGACUACACUGGGACGCCUCUCCUCCUCUGGACAAACAGGCACCAUGAAUCAUAAAGAUAAGAGUGUAAACCUGUGUGGGCUCUGGGUAAGAACAGCGGGUGUUCGUGUCGGGACUGGUCCGGGGAGGGGGAACCAAGACUACCCGCAGGUCCUGUUAGUGCUCCAUGAUACUCAGACACACCGUAUUUUAGCGGAUUAAUGAAAUAUUCCGGUAUUCCAGCUCGGUGACCCGUGGUCCAUCCGUACCUCAAGAUGAGCACUGGGGAAAUGAAACAGACUCUGAAGCUCAGAGUAACACAAAUCGGCACUCAACUACACAAACCGCAAUAACCACAAGACACACCGACACACUGGACACCUCACAGAGCUGUAGAAGUACUAUUUUUCUAUGCAGUGAGAUGAGCUAUUUUUUCUGCCCUCUUCACACACGAACGAGCUCCAGAAACGCAUUAAGCACUGUAGAUGAAAAGGAGCUGGAAGAACAUUUAACAUCCAAGUUUGCCCAUCACUUAGCUUUUCACAGAGCUUUCACUGACUAUAUGUGAAAGUAUAAUAACACCGAUGUUUUACAGAGGUAUCCUUAGAUAUUUCAUUUUGAUUACUCAAAAUACAUUGUUUUGAAUAAAUUUUUUUUUUUUUCUGAUAUACCAGAUUCAUAAAAAUAUCAGUAAAACUCUAUGUUUUAUGAGUGUUUUAAGUUUCAUUUCUGUGUAAUUUAUAAACCAGAAGGUAUUACUUAAACCCCCAGGAAAUUUCUGAAGCUUGAAACUCCAAAUUAAUGUGUGAAAUCAAAUUUUUCAAAACAAAAUGUAAAGAAAGACUUAUGCCACUCACAUGGCUUAUACAUUAAUGGUACAUCAGUAAUUUACCAAAGAUCUGUAGUCACAGGACAGCCAGGUGCACAAUGGACACACAGUCACUCUCUUAUUACCAUAUUUCACCUGAAGAGCUUGGGUGCACAUUUUUUUUCUGUUAUCUGGAAUCAUUUGGAAAUGUCCUCCUGAAUUACAGCUGUAUGUAUGCCCAGCCCUGAGGCUCAGUAACUAGAUAUGUUAUGGUUUGUGUGUCGUAAUCUUGUGUCUGGUUAUUAGUUGUUGCAUUUCGGACACGUGUAUCUUCUUUAAGGGGAACGUGAAGGGCGGUAUGGUGUUAGUAAUGAGUCGUGCGGGUGAAGAAUCUGUUUGACAGGAGAAAACACUGCUCAGAAACAACCCUCCACGAUGUCCCACAACACCUGGUAUUUACUUCUUUGUCCUUGUGUGAACGUUUGAAGACUUUUAUUUUCGUUUAAUCUGUUUGAUUUUUUCUGUGAAUCCUGUGCCAUGCAGCUUUAUAAUCUUGUGCAAAAGCAGUGCAAUGCAUUAUGUCUCAUAAAUCCCAAUUGUGCAGGUAUGCGUGAGUGUGUAGAAAAGGCAGAACACACCAGUGUCUGGUGUCAGACGCAUUCUUCCCUGCAGACACUCCCAUGCCUUGCCUGUAUGCACCAAGGUAUAACAAACUGAUGCUUACUUCUACAUGCACACACACACACACACACACACACACACACACACACACACACAUGUAUGCACACCCACACACAUCUAAACACAAUAAUAUUUAUAAUAGCUAUGAUACAAAAACAUCACUGCUAUGACAAAAUGGGUUUGCCUUGACUUAAGAAAAAUUGGUCAUCCAGGGGUGGUAACUACAUCCAUGUCUGCAAAUGAGCUACAUUCUUCCUUCCUUUUCUGUCACUGGGUCACUGUAUGGAGAAGGUACUGUAUCUGUAUGGGUCACUGUAUGGAGAAGGUACUACAUCUGUAUGGGUCACUGUGUGGGUCACUGCAUGGAGAAGGUACUGUAUCUGUAUGGGUCACUGUAUGGAGAAGGUACUACAUCUGUAUGGGUCACUGUAUGGAGAAGGUACUACAUCUGUAUGGGUCACUGUAUGGAGAAGGUACUGUAUCUGUAUGGGUCACUGUAUGGAGAAGGUACUACAUCUGUAUGGGUCACUGUGUGGGUCACUGCAUGGAGAAGGUACUGUAUCUGUAUGGGUCACUGUAUGGAGAAGGUACUGUAUCUGUAUGGGUCACUGUAUGGAGAAGGUACUGUAUCUGUAUGGGUCACUGUAUGGGUCACUGUAUGGGUCACUGAAUGGAGAAGGUACUACAUCUGUAUGGGUCACUGUAUGGAGAAGGUACUGUAUCUGUAUGGGUCACUGUAUGGAGAAGGUACUACAUCUGUAUGGGUCACUGUAUGGGUCACUGUAUGGAGAAGGUACUGUAUCUGUAUGGGUCACUGUAUGGAGAAGGUACUACAUCUGUAUGGGUCACUGUAUGGGUCACUGUAUGGAGAAGGUACUGUAUCUGUAUGGGUCACUGUAUGGAGAAGGUACUGUAUCUGUAUGGGUCACUCUAUGGGUCACUGCAUGGAGAAGGUACUGUAUCUGUAUGGGUCACUGCAUGGAGAAGGUACUGUAUCUGUAUGGGUCACUGUAUGGGUCACUGCAUGGAGAAGGUACUGUAUCUGUAUGGGUCACUGUAUGGAGAAGGUACUAUAUCUGUAUGGGUCACUGUAUGGAGAAGGUACUACAUCUGUAUGGGUCACUGUAUGGAGAAGGUACUGUAUCUGUAUGGGUCACUGUAUGGAGAAGGUACUACAUCUGUAUGGGUCACUGUAUGGGUCACUGUAUGCAGAAGGCUUCUGUGCUUUUCUUUGACUUUCAUUGUUUUUCUUCUUUUCAAUCAUAACAUGUUCAGAAAGUUGUUUUUCUGUUUGUUUUUUGUUUGUUUUGCUUCCAUUUCUGUGCUCACAUACAUGACAGAAUGAUGUAAACUACCAGAGAGAACUACCUAACCGAACAUCAGAUGUUAGUGUUGAAUAUUCUUAAUAUGUAACAAUAACAUCUUUUAAUCUUAAUACAGUAAAAGUAGAUAUUUGUGAAUUUUCUUUUAGAUGACUUUUCUAUUCAUUUUGAAGGCUGGUUGGACGUACGGAACACCAGUGCACUUGUUUAAUUUGUCAUGAUGACAAGAGAGUGCCGUCCAGUAAAAUUCAGGAUCAUGAA